AUGGACCAUCCACUACUGGAGAAACUGCCGCCCCAGCUGGGAAACUAUGUGCUGCAGGAGAUCCUUGGAUAUGGAACCUUUGGAAUUGUUGUUCGAUGCUUGAACACCAGGACUGGAGAAAUUGUGGCACUCAAAAUAUUUGAAAACAACAGUGAGGAUAUGGAGAGAGAACUUGGUAUCCUCCAGCAUCUGAGCAACAGCAUAGAUCCAGACAAAGUGAACAUCAUCAAAUGCUUUGAGCAUUUCCGACAUGAGGAUUAUGAGUGCAUUGCCUAUGAAGUUCUGGACCGCAGUUUCUAUGACUUCAUCAGGGAGCGUCAAAGGCCUUUUGCACUGAGCGAGUUGAGACCCAUAACUCAACAACUCCUUGUGGCCUUUGAGGCGCUGACGGAGGCACACGUGGUUCAUGCUGACAUGAAACUAGACAAUAUAAUGUUAGUUAACCACAAAGAUCAGCCUUAUAAAGUGAAGCUGAUUGACUUUGGCUGCGGAGGCUUCUUCUCCGAGCUGGAACAGGGCAUACGCAUUAUGACAGAUGGGUAUCGUGCUCCGGAGGUGACCCUAGGUGCUCCACUGUCUGGGGCAUUGGAUAUGUGGACCCUGGGCUGCUGCUUAGUAGAGGGCUUCUUGCACUGCCAACCUUUCUCCAACAUGUCUGACUAUGACAACCUAAGGACCAUCAUUCGCUUGGUAGAACAACCCAGCAAUGAGAUGCUCAACAGAAGCUUGUAUGCUGAAAAGUGCUUUCUUGAAAGUAGAUCCCAGUGGUCUUUGAAGACACCCUUUGAGUACCAGGCCUCAAACUGGAAAAAGCCUGAUAUUGGUGUGAGUCCUUUGGAUGACGCUCCAAAUCUUGAGGCCGCGAUUAUGUACGGCCAUGAAAAUAUGGACGAGGAUGUGCAGUCGGACCUGACGGCCUUUAUGGAUUUACUUCAAAAUCUGCUGCAGACGGAUCCAGAGAAGAGGAUAACUCCCAGUGAAGCACUGAGGCAUCCGUUCAUUACUAUGGAACAUUUAGUGAAUGUUGAUACUGAAUAUGUCACUAUUGCCCGUGAAUUGAUGUCGGUGACUCUCAACACCUCAGCUUCUGCUCUGACAGAAAACAAAGAAAAUGUAAAUGCAGAUCAGCCUCCACAGCUCUCUGCUGCUGUAGCGGAGAGAUCUGGCCCAUCUUUUGGAAAUCACAUCGAGAUAUCUCCGGAAGAGAAGGUGAACGAGGCUCCCCCGGAGCUAAAGGACUGCAUUGGUAUUGAAGAAAAAGUUAUUCUCCCAAAAGACGUGGUUAUCUGCCCUGAACACGAUGAGGAGCAGCUCAACUCAUGUUCCAUUGAGGUCGACCAAAAAACCCAGAUUGACAAAGAGCCAGAACAUGUUCUCGAACAUGUCGAGAUUGAAAUAGCAGACUAUUCUGAAGAUGACACUAAUGAGCCAUCGAACAGCACCUCCUGUUGUGAACACUUUUUACAAGGACAGAAGAGUGAUGAUCCCCUGUCACCUGAUUAUGUACCUUCAGUAUUUGCACAUACAAAGUCCCCUGCAAGGAGACGUGCUGUGCAAAGCCUUGAGAAGUUCAAGGUGAGACAGAACUUGAAGAAGAAGAAACUCCUGCUGUCUUCAAGAAGCGAGGCGGCUAUGGCACUCCCGGACUUCUCAUCAGAGAUGAGCGAGAUGACCACUCAGCUCACUGAGAAUGACAUGCCUGAAGCUACGCCGCGCCCCACGCUGCGUCUCAAGCUACGCCGCGCCCCACGCUGCGUCUCAAGCUACGCCGCGCCCCACGCUGCGUCUCAAGCUACGCCGCGCCCCACGCUGCGUCUCAAACCGACGCUGCGCCUCAAGCUACGCCGCGCCCCACGCUGCGUCUCAAGCUACGCCGCGCCCCGCGCUGCGUCUCAAGCUACGCCGCGCCCCACGCUGCGUCUCAAGCUACGCCUCGCCCCACGCUGCGUUUCAAGCUACGCCGCGCCCCACGCCGCGUCUCAAACCGACGCUGCGCCUCAAGCUACGCCGCGCCCCACGCUGCGUCUCAAGCUACGCCGCGCCCCACGCUGCGUCUCAAACCGACGCUGCGCCUCAAGCUACGCCGCGCCCCACGCCGCGUCGCAAACCGACGCUGCGUCUCAAGCUACGCCGCGCCCACGCUGCGUCCCAAGACGCCGCUGCGUCCCUAACGCCGCAGUUGCGCCUCACAGACGCCGCGCCUCAAGUUACGCCGCGCCCCACGCUGCGUCUCAAGCUACGCCGCGCCCCACGCUGCGGCUCAAGCUACGCCGCGCCCCACACUGCGUCUCAAACAGACGCUGCGCCUCAAGCUACGCCGCGCCCCACGCUGCGUCUCAAGCUACGCUGCGCCCCACGCUGCGUCUCAAACCGACGCUGCGCCUCAAGCUACGCCGCGCCCCACGCUGCGUCUCAAGCUACGCCGCGCCCCACGCUGCGUCUCAAACCGACGCUGCGCCUCAAGCUACGCCGCGCCCCACGCUGCGUCGCAAACCGACGCUGCGUCUCAAGCUACGCCGCGCCCCACGCUGCGUCUCAAACCAACGCUGCGCCUCAAGCCACGCCGCGCCCCACGCUGCGUCGCAAACCGACGCUGCGUCUCAAGCUGCGCCGCGCCCCACGCUGCGUCUCAAACCGCUGUGUAUUGACGCCGCGCCCUAA